AGGAAAGAAGCCUCCCUUGUCAUGAUGGCAUCACUUUGCAACCAGACAUCAGAAAAUUCUUUCAUCUUAAUGGGUAUCCCCGGACUGGAUUGGGUACACCCUUGGCUGGCAGCUCCACUGAGCUUCAUGUAUGCUGUGGCUCUUAUAGGAAACACUCUGAUUCUGACUGUGAUCUGGGUUGACCCUACUCUUCAUGAGCCCAUGUACUAUUUUCUGUGUGUUCUGGCAGCUGUUGACAUCAUCAUGGCCACCUCUGUGGCUCCCAAGAUGUUGAGCAUCUUCUGGUCAGGUGAUGGUGUCAUCACAUUCAGUGCCUGCUUUGCCCAGAUGUAUGUGGUUCAUGCAGCCACAGCUGUUGAGACUGGGCUAUUGCUUGCUAUGGCCUUUGAUCGCUAUGUGGCCAUCUGCAAACCUCUGCAUUACCAGACCAUCCUCACACCCAAGAUGAUGCUGGGGAUAGGCACGGCUAUCAUGGUGAGAGCUUUUCUGUUCAUGACUCCACUGAGCUGGAUGGUGAUCCAGCUGCCAUUCUGGGGCUCCCACGUGGUUCCCCAUUCCUACUGUGAGCACAUGGCUGUAGCCAAGUUGGCAUGUGCUGACUACACGCCUAGCAGCCUUUAUAGUCUGAUUGGUUCCUGUAUCAUUGUGGGUUCUGACGUGUCCUUUAUUGCCACCUCCUAUAGCCUGAUUCUGCAGGCAGUAUUUAGACUUUCUUCUAGGAAUGCCAGACUUAAGGCUCUCAGCACAUGUGGCUCCCAUGUAGGGGUCAUGGUGCUCUACUAUCUUCCUGGCAUGAUAUCUCACUAUGUGGAGUGGUUAGGGCAAGAUGUGGUGCCUCUGUGCACCCAGGUGCUCCUUGCUGAUUUUUAUUUGAUCAUUCCACCCACUUUGAACCCUCUCAUCUAUGGCCUGAGAACCAAACAGAUAUUGGCUCGAGUGUUAGGUGUGUUAGGAAUGGGUGGUGCAUUAUGUCAAGGUUCAAAAUGUAGAAAGCAUGUAUGA